AUGAGGGGUUUCCUCCACCUGGCGGUGGUCAUGGCUGCAAACUUCACUGCUCAGCCCGAUGCCGACGACUCUUGGAUAAAAAUCCGCUUCUGGCCCGGGAGUUAUGCCGAGCCGGAACCCACUCCCGAACCCAUCGUUGAGGAAGACCGUGGCGUGGGAUCGCGCCCGGUCGCUGAAUUCCUCCGGGAUUGGCUGGGAGGAUGGACUCUCCUCGAGCCGGAGCCCAACCCGGCUGGAGUCGCGGACACCGGUUUUGUUUACUGCGGGGCCCUCUGCGCCUCUGUUGGCUACGCGGCCAAGUGGGCCUACUGGCUUGCUGUGGCGGUUGCGGGGGUCUUCUGCCUCCAACUGGCCGUUUGGACGAUCAGUUGGGUGGUCAUACCCGUUCUUAGGCACACCUAUGCCUUCUACCGGCAUGGCUACCUAGCCCGGUGCAACAGCGUACACUCCAGCAGCCAUCGAUACUGGCGCAAUCAGAUUGAAGUUGCGGAAUGCGCGGUGCACCUUUGUUCCGCUGACCCCUGUACAGCACCGGAUUGCGCAGAAGUCCACGUGGGCUUGAGCGCUGUGGCGCCCCGCUCUGAGGAGGUUGACCUUCAGGAAGUCGCGGGCAAGGGGGCCUUAGCCCGGUGCUGGACAGUUACCUCUUUCUGGGGCUGCCUCACGUGCGGGGCUUUCCGGCGCUGUGCCUCGUCCUGCUGUAAGGGCGGGAGGAGAGCCUGUCGCCUUGCCCUUUGCUGUUGCCUGCGGCGAGCUUCUCGCCCGGGCAAUGGCAGCGCGGGUAGGAGGGACCUUCACGAUGAUUCGGAGACUGAAUCAGAAGGGGGAGAAGGGGACCAUAUCUGUCAAGCAGACCAGGUCGCGUUGGGCGGACCUGAGGCAAAAGGGCCUCUUUCGUUGGGGCCAUGCAAGGAUUGCAGUUGCGGGCCACCCAUCCGCCUACUGCAACCGGACGAGCGCACGAGCUGCACGGAGGACUUGAUGUGUGAAAACGAUGGGUACUACUUCCGCGCAUGUCAAAGGCACCGGGACAUGUACGAGGCGUCUCGGGCCAAGAGGGCCUGCGCAGUAGAGGGCUGCAACAACGCCGCCAGAAGUGUGCUCAAAGGAGUGCGCCUGUGCAAGCUCCACUCGGCUAAGGAAGAGAAGGGGCCGAAACCUCAGAGCGAAGCAAAAGGCCCCCGCGCUGUCGGAGACGUCGUUCAGGAAGCAGACAAGGAGGGCGCCGCCUCACCGCCUGAGGCGCGUUCCGCGCCCGGGCAAGGGGGUGGUGACUCCAGCAACUUUGCCGCUACGGGGAACGAGCAGGAGGACUCCAAGGAUUUGGCCGCCUACCUGCAGGCAAGGCUGAAUGGAGAGUCCCACUCAGUCGCUCUUCUCAGCACAGCAAAGCGGGACGAGAGCUUGACCGCAGCAAGCCGACGCCUCACAGAAACCGCAAAGGCGGCACUUCAGAGGCUGCCUCCGGACUACCCGGAGGAGGUAACUCAGCUCAUCCGGAGCCUCGCCGGAGCUCGCGAGAAGGGGGAGACAUCCGACCCUAUCCUCGAGUUAGGAAAGAGGAGUGUGGCGCGGACCGCGGCCGAGCUACCUCGCCCGGUCGAGGCGCACAAGCCCGAGUCCUCGGUGGUGCCUUUUACGGUCCCGGCUCCGCGGUUCGGCGUUGCUACCGCUGCUCCACCUCAGGUGAGCGCGGCACUGCUCUUUCGACAAAGGGAGGCCAGCAGGGCGACUACCAGCGACAGCGCGUCAGCGGUGCCUCUGCCGGACGGCCUCGUGUCGGCACUGAGACCCUCGCGGGCAGGCGCGUUCACGGAGCCAGAGGCACGCCCUACCGACGACACCGCAAGGGCAUUGCAGACGAUUGCGAAGACUCUCAGUGCCCGUGACGAGUCGUCCUCUCACGAUAAGGGGAAAUUAGCCAGCAUUGGAAAGGAAUUGUUCCACUCGUUGAAGACUGCAGGGGCCCAGGGAAGGCCACAGAUGCGAGCGCUGCAAUUUCCGGUGAACGUCACCAACAGGGUCGCAUACGGACUGGCCUCUCUUUCCAUCGGCGGUCGAGAAGUCAAGUCUCUGCCGGAGUACGCCCUCUCUGUUGCCGACUUCCCUUUGACCUCGGAGGAAGACUUCGACAACUUCGUCCCGCCACCUGACAGCCGGUUGGAAAAGCGUCCACGCCACCCGACGACACUGACAGCGUGGUUUCGGGCCGCCCUUAGGAUGGCCUGGGCGGUCGCCUGCGUCUAUGGCACCGAGCACUACGCACUCUUCGAAGCUGCCGCCACCAAGCUUCUACACCUGGGAGAAGAAGCAACCUAUGCUUGGCCGCUCCCCUGGGUGAUGAGCACUUGGGAAGAGCUCUGGAGCCGGAUGGUCGAGGAACUUCGGCAGCUGGACCGGGAGAUGCGAAGGCUGAUGGGGGAAGAAUCCUAUUCGUGGGAAAGGAUCCGGUUUUUCUGCACUUCGCCGGACGAUCAAGGGAACCCUUGGCUUCGGCUCCCUCGUACGUUUGACCUUGAGGAUCCCAAGGAGUUCUUCGCGUCGGACAUAGUCCCGA